CUCACUGAUUGUGCGCUAUCCGCUAUGGCUGAUGGAGGAGUCUGUUUACGCGAUGGUCGAAGAAUAAACCUACCACAAGCAAAUGGUGAUGAAAUGCCGAUGAUUGAUUUAGAGUUUGAGAGGCUGAAAAGAAGAUUCGAACGUGGUAUUCGUUGUCAAUGGGAUAGACUUUUGAUACUAGAUUGUCUCUAUGAAAAUUACCAGUGCACAACCGCAUUGGGGAUAAUACAACAAGAGCACGACGUGCUUAUAAAAUUCAUGCAUGCCGAAUUCGAAAGCUUGGCCUCUGUCCUUCAAAAAACAGAAGACAGAUAUCAACUACGCAUCGAACUUGAUACUGAAUUGUAUCAUUUGACAACAGCUCAAACAUUAGCAACACACUUCAUUCUAGAGCGUGCCACUGCGUCCAUUUCUUCAGAAACAGUUGCACAUUUCCUCUUGAAAAUGGAAGCUAUAAGGGAUCGUUUAAGUCGGAAAAUGCAAGCGAUGACUACCGGUAUUGGGCGACACUAGUCAAUGGUGUUAAAGAUGGUCAGUUUUCACAAACACGUGUCGCUAAUGUGAAGUGAAUGAAUUUCAACUGCUACUACGGAAUACCGUUAUUAACAACGCGGUUACACAUUAAAAUCAAGAGGGCGACAAUGCGAUAGAACGAUGGCGACAAUGCGAUAGUAUGAUGGCUACAAUGCGCUAGUACGAUGGCGACAAUGCGAUAGUACGAUGGCGACAAUGCGACAACGCGAUAAUACGAUGACGACAAUACGACAGUGCGACAAUACGAUGGCAACAGUGCUAUAGUACGAUGGCGACAAUGCGAUAAUACAAUGACGACAGUACGAUAACG